UCGUUUCGAGAGUUUGAUUCAGGAACUGGACAAGAAACAAUCGAAUCUGUCUCCCCCACAGAUGAUCCGCUCCAUCACAGAUCUGCACCUCUCACAGAACACAUUGACCAGAUUUGAUGCCUUCAGACAGCACUCGCCUUUAAUGAACCCACAGGAUGACAGAAGCUGUUUGCAAAAGCAGGAGCAGAGUGGGGAUCCAAGCAAAUCAAGGCUGCAGGGGAAGCAAAUGGAGGCCUCAUCACAGAGUGACAGGAAGCACAUCAAGGCCUCACCGGAGAGGGCUCUGACAGCCAUCAUCACGGGGGACACACAGAGAAACGUAGCACCAAAGAGGGAGACUGGUGGAGGGCGGCCAUUUACUAAAGGGCUCAGGCGGUCCAAUAACUCUCUGGAAAGUCUCUACAGUGGACAAAGCUCCUCAAGUGGAGUCACCAGUGGGUCAGACUGCUCCAGUAACAGAGGCAGUCUGAGGCUGGAGGACGAUCUGUUGUACAGCAGACAGUUCUGUGGCAGAGCUAGAGUCCAUACAGCCUAUGUGCCAAGUCCAUAUGACACAGAAUCACUUAAACUCAAGGUUGGAGACAUGAUUGACAUCAUCGCUACGCCCCCCAUGGGAAUAUGGACAGGCAUGCUGAAUGGCAGACUUGGAAAUUUCAAAUUCAUUUAUGUGGAUGUGCUGAGAGAGGAGGGUCUUGAGACAUACAGAGAAACACACACCCACAAAGUGAGGCACAAAUCAGCUGUCCAGGAAGUGUUAAAGCGCCUUAGUUUGGAGGAGUACUCCUCGUCUCUACAGCUGAAUGGUUACCAAACAGUAGAUGACUUGAUGAGGCUGAGGGAGCAUCACCUGAUGGAGCUGAAUGUGACUGAUCCAGAGCACAGGCAUCGCCUGCUCGCUGCUGUCGACUCCCUGCAGCAACUGCGCUCUGAUAGUCAGCUGGAGAAUGAAGCCAGUCAGGAGUCUGAGACCUCCAGUAAGAACAAGAAGGCAGAUAUGAACAACAGCUCGCGAGACUCCGGCUGCCCUGACAACAGCACAGAGGACACACACCUUCACUUUCUCUCUGAACAGCCUCUACCAGCUGAGAUGACCGCUUCAUGA